GGGGUGGCGAUGACUAGUUGCCGUCGGCACUCAGAGACCAAGCUCAGCAAACGCGGAGCUCCAAAGCCCUGGGCUUCAAGUUUCUGAAGACCUUAUUGCUUGUGUAUACCGAAGCGCAGGAGCAAGGGCUCGACAUGCGCUCGCUAUGGGAAUCUGGCGGAUUACUACGUCAGGCCGUAGAAGACGCCGAGCGGCCUGGAAAAGACCAACGUUUCACCCUCAGUAUGGCUUCGUCCGUCUUGGAGCGUCUAAAGGCCAGGCGCGUCUGUCCGCAGCCGUCACAGGAUAACGAAGAUACCUUGCCCAUGGAAGAAACGCAAGUCUGCGAGGUUGGCUUGCAUCCAGUUCCCCCGCUGCCGGAUGAACACAGCUUUCUCGACGCUUCACGGUCGGUAGUCGGUGCAGAGGAAACGCGUACGAUCACGCCAGUUCGAGGUUCCCCGCAGCGAGCGCUCGAAGAAGCCGACGAGGAUUCUGAUGCCUCCUCUCUCAGCUAUGACGAUAUGGGAGGAUAUGGAGGGCCUGAGUCUGACUUCUCUCUCCAUGAAGACGAAGAUGACGGAUAUGCCUUGCGGCCUAUUCCUGAGGGGGAGCCGGAUCGGAAGCGUCCUAAACUGUCAGAGGUUGAGAAAUCUGUGCGUGAACAGCUGGAGUCACCUACUGCUUGCCUCACGAGCUCGGCGAUCAGCAAAGUAUGCACAGACCUUGGCUUGGACAAGCAUGGAAUGCGCAUCGCUGAUUCUCUCUGGUUUCAAAUGCCGUCAGAUGAUGGCCUGAGCAGCAUGAGCACGCUGCGUCACAUAGACGCUGGUUCGAUCGCCCAUUUACUUGCGCCAAUCUACCAUCCCAAGCGAUCGCACUGGUCGCUUCUGUCUGUUGAGAUGACAGAGCACCAAAUUUUUGCAAGGCAUUAUGAUCCACUGCCUCACAGGGCCAGCCACGAUGAGGUUCAUAGUGCGUUGCUCGCCUGGCUUCGCUCACAGGAAGACACUCGGUUGGUCGACUUUGCAAGCUUGGACGGUCCGAGACAGUACGAUGCUCACAAUUGCGGGGUCUAUGUCGUCUGCGCAAUGAACCAUAUUGUUCAUCGAAAGAUGCGACUGCCCGAAGUACUCGAUCCCCAGGGCGAACGUCAAGCAUGGCUCAGACUCUCAGUCGACAACAACAACAACAACAAUGACUCUACCAACGCAAAAGUCGGAUGUGAGCCACAAGACUUGAGCAGCCGCAUGGCUGACCACAAGGCUUCUGCAUGGUUGCAGGACCAACGCAAGGUGCGCACCGACGGCGCUGCGAUACCUAUCGAGACACAAGCAUCUUCUCCGCUCGGCGCCAUUGAUGGGGCAUCUUCGUCACUUGCCGGCCGCUCAAUCGCCCUGAAUCUCCUAGAACUUCCUGCCGCGACGCUAGAUGCGGAGAUGAUUGCGGUACAGAAAAUCCGAGAAGACACGUUAUCAGCUCUAGAAGACGCCGAGAUGCAACUAUCCAAAGGGAAAUCGAAACUGGCUCAUUAUAGAGAGUGUCGCGACACCAUUCUGGAACAGCAUGCGCACGACGAGUCGCUUACCAUGUAUGAUGAGUCGCUGAACAGUAUGUUGCCUGGACUUGGCCAGCAACUGUCGGAGGACGAGAGUCGCCCGUUGCUGCGGAACUUGGGCCUAGCCCGAUGGAUCGAGGAGAACAGGAAGCAGAGGGAAAUCGUACACGGCGAACUCAGGCACUGCACCGAGAGGAGUGUCGCCAAGUGUGAGAAGGAAGUCAGUGAUCACACGGCGAGGGUGAAUUCGCUCCGGCAGAAGCCCCAAGACCUCGACGACCGAGUAGCUGUGCUUCAGGCUUGCAAGGUCCUGCGCUCAGAGGCAGGAAGAGCGGCUGCCCAAGCCCUGCAUCACGAGAUGUUACAGAAGCUGAGGGACUCUGGCGAAGAACAGGCUGGCGCUGCGGUCGGUUGAUUGGAAAGGACGCUCGAGCUCGCCGCUGGAGGGGUCGACUAGAUUCUGUGAUUGCACUGGGUAGUAGGCAUGGACAAGUAUGCUUCUGCGACAUGGUGGCUUAUCAAUAUGA